AACCUGAGACAGGAAGUGUGCUGUCGCGUGUUAGCGUGUUAGCUCCUCCGCGGCUACAGCGGCGUGUUUGUGUGUUCGAAGCCGUCUCUGGUUGCAGUAAAGGAGGGUCAAAGUGUGAAAGAUGUCCCCGGAUCUGGAGCGGACUCCCCGGAACCUGCUGGUCUCGGAACGGUCCAGUUUCCUGGACCAGAAGAACCGGAUCAGCUCUCAGCUGGACCAGCUGCACUUUAACUACAAGGUGUGUGUGCUGCUACCUGAGUGUAGCUCCGCCCCCUCUCACCUGGACUCCGCCCUCAACACCUUCAGCUCCUUCUACCUGAUCAGGAAGCUCCCGCUCUACGAGCUGCUGGACACACACUUCCUGGAGACAGUACGCCACGGUGGAGUCUCUGGUCUGUCCUACAGGACCCGGCUAGAUGAAGAUAACUGUGUCGCUCUGAUGCCAAACGGCCGCCUGUCUCUCUCUCUGGAUAAAGACUCCUUUGAGUUGUUGGGAGUUGAAGGGAAACCGUCGAGAUUUAACCACCGAACAAAGAGCCGAUUCGUGGUGUGUGUAGAUUUGACUGAUAGCAGCAUGGCUCCAGGGGGGCGGGGCUACCAGCGACUCGUCACCGGUCUGACAUCACGACUUCCUCUCAAGACCGACUUCCUGAUGUCACUUCCUGCAGGGGGCGGAGCCUCGGUGCAGGCGCUGCUGUCUCGCUACGAUUGGUCGGAGCACAGACCUGAGGUUAGCAGCUGCAGCCUGACGGACCUGCUCUGCCCCGCCCCCCUGACCUCUGACCCCCCCGCCCCCCUGACCUCUGACCCCCACCGCCUGCUGGAGUGGCUGGGAGCCGUGCACGCCGCCGUAAGCUGUGAGAACUCGUCCAGCAGCUUCCUGUCCUCGCUGGUCUGUCCCGAGCCCAACAAGAAGCUGAGUCAUGCUCUGAGGGUCUCCGUCUGCGGACUGCUGAGUCAUCAAGACGUCCAGAAACUCAUCCAGGAGAUCAGGGUGUACCUGUCUGUCUCUCCGCCCGGCUCGGCGUCCUGGGCGUCUGUGACGCUUCACGGUUUCGUGGACAGCCCCGUAUCGUGGGGCGGCGAGGAGCACGGCGUCCUGAGAGGAGGAGACAACUUCCUCAGUCUGAUGAUGUUCCCCGAUCAGAGCUACCUGCUGCACCUGGCGACAGGGGCGCACGACACCUGUCCUCCCUGAUACACCUGUCCUCCCUAAUACACCUGUCCUCCCUGAUACACCUGUCCUCCCUGAUACACCUGUCCUCCCGUCAUACACCUGUCCAUCAUACACCUGUCCUCCCGUCAUACACCUGUCCUCCCUGAUUCACCUGUCCAUCAUACACCUGUCCUCCCAUCAUACACCUGUCCAUCAUACACCUGUCCUCCCAUCAUACACCUGUCCAUCAUACACCUGUCCUCCCAUCAUACACCUGUCCAUCAUACACCUGUCCUCCCAUCAUACACCUGUCCAUCAUACACCUGUCCUCCCUGAUACACCUGUCCUCCAUCAUACACCUGUCCUCCCUGAUACACCUGUCCAUCAUACACCUGUCCUCCCAUCAUACACCUGUCCUCCCUGAUACACCUGUCCUCCAUCAUACACCUGUCCUACCUGAUACACCUGUCCUCC